AUGCGGACCAUCGACACAGCUACAUCGAAAGAGCCUUUGCCCAUGCGGAUGUACGUUAAGGUGGAUAUUGAAACCACUAGUCCUGAACUAGCCGCCCUGUUUCCGCAUGAGACCCUGACGAGACAUCUAUUGAGCCUAACGAUGAUCCUUCCCAUCCUGAUCAUGGAGGAGGGUCCACAUCCAAAUCUAUACACGACACGGAUGUCGCCCAAUCUGGAUGUCCCCGUCCUUUUGAUGAAAGGCCUUUCUUGUCUUCGUCCAUACCAAUUCGGCGACGGACUGGUGCUCCGUCAUGUCGGAGUCAAUGUGUCAGGAGAACUUGUCUGGGUUUGA